AUGUCAUUGAAUGAUAUAAUAGAAAAAUUUAUUAGAAAUGACAAAGAAAAAUCAACCUUAUUAUAUAUAUCAUUAGCCUUUGGGUCAUUAAUAUUUUUUAGAGCAACUUUAUAUAGUUUACGUUGGAUUUUUUUUAGAAAACAUUUCUUUCAAAAAUUUAUAACAAAAAAAAAAUUACCAUCAAAAAAGGUUAAAACAAUAAAGAAGAAUGAUAAUAACUCAAAGUCAUAUUUUUUUAAUGUUCCACCAGAAAAAAGAUGGAGAAUUGUUAAUGAAAUUGUUUCACUUCUCCAUUCUAUUGUCUGUGGUUUUUGGACUAUCUUUGUUUUAAUUGAAAGUUAUCAUAAAUUUAAUGACUAUGUAAAUGGUUUUUCAUAUAAUGGUGCUCUUCUUUGUAUGGUUUCAUUAGGAUAUUUUAUAUCAGACAUGAUUGAUACAUUGGUAAAUGAACGUAGUUUUAAAAUGUUUGAAUUAAUAACUCAUCAUACAUUAUCAAUAAUAGGUGUUUUAUUACCAUUUACUAUUAAAAAAUAUAUGAUAUUUGUUUUAAUGGGAUUAAUAAUGGAAAUUAAUAGUAUCUUUCUUCAUAUACGAUUAUUAAUGAUGUACAAAAAUAUUGAUAAAAGAAAAAAAUCUUAUAAAAUUGUUUCAAUAUUAUCAAUUGUUACUUUUGUCAUAUUUAGAAUACUUCCAAAUAUUUAUCUUGUUAUAAUGUUUAUAUAUUUCUUUGCUUCUGGUAAAAAUGAAACAAUUAUUGCAGCAAUAUUAAUAUUUUUUAUUAUAUUUGGAUUAAUGCUAUCUAAUAUUGUUAUGUUUAUUAGGCUUAUCAAGUCAGAUUACUUUACUAAAAAAAAUAAAAAGAAUUCCACUAAUAUAUCAUCAUCAUCAUCAUCUUCCUCCAAAAUUACAAUAACAAAAAAUUCUACAUCUACAAAUGUUUAA